AUGCCGCGCUCCUUAGGCAAAGUGCAGAAGCACAUCAGCAAGAAAAGAGGUGGGAAGCCCACUGCCCUACAUCAGAACAGCAGAGAUGCCCAGAGGUUGCGGAGAGCGGGUGCCAGAGAAGACAAGCUUGCCAGAAUAUUCGAUGCCGCCACUCGCACGAAUCAAGUUUACGUCGAUCGCGUCGCAUGGUACAGAUCUGCUCUAGAAGGCAGCACCGGACCACUAACUGAGGAAGAGCUGCACGUUUUGACGCAGACUUUCAUUGGUCGCGAAGACGAAGAGCUUGCAGAGGCUAAAGCAGAGCGCCGCCCAGGCCGUCCUCCCAGCAAGGUUGAGGAACGCAUCAACGACCGUAAAGACACGGAGGAAAAGGAAUAUAAGGCCGGCUUCUGGAUUCCUGACCUUCGCGACCAGGAAGGACGCGACAAGCUUGAAAAGUGGAGCGGCGAUUGGGCGGGCUUGAAUACGCUCAGCUUCAUUCGUAUCACCAACGGCGGCGGUGUUCAAACAUCGAAGUUUCCUCCGAAGGGCAUGUCCUAA